CUCCUUCUUCCGCUGCUGCUGCUCUCCAAAGGGGAAAGGCUUGUUUGCCAUGUCGGCGAAGAAAAAUGAGGUGCGACGGCACGCGUCCCGUCUGCGGCCAAUGUACUCGGGGUAACCGAUCCGAGGACUGCGAGUAUACGGAUGGACAGAGGCCUUCGAGGACGCAAACGCUGGAAAACGACGUUGCACGUCUACAGGCACGCAUACAGGAACUAGAGAACCCCGGAGCAUCAGCGCCAUCAGUAACGCUGCACAAUCCAUAUGCAGGAUCGACGUCCGCACACGCGGUGCCGAGGCUUUCGAUACCCACAUCCGCAUCUCCUAUUGCCUCAACCUCUUCUAGCGAAUCCUACAACGUCUAUGCUACUCCUCAAACAAGUCAAGGCAUAAUGCCAAUGGAGGAGCCACCCUAUUAUCUAUUACGGGCUGCUCUAGAAUCGACUAUUCCUAUGUCCCGGGCUAUUGGGUUUUUCUUUAACGUAGAUCGCUUCCGUCUGGCUGUAACGUCUGCGAGCGGCACCGCCCGCCCUUCCCCUGUACUUCUGAACGUUAUCACGCUUUGGCAUAUUCAAGUAACCCAGGCGGCUGAGCUCGCCGGUAUGGAAUCCCUUCUUCUCCCUCGCGUACUACAACAACUACCAGACACGAUUGCAAACGCUCUUCCAGAGGAGCUGUUGUUCGUUCUGCAGACAGAACUUAUUCUCGCACAUUACUUUCUUCGUAUCGGUCGUUACCUCGAGGCUCGUUACCACGCAAAUGCCGCGACAUCGCUCGCGCUGAGCAUGCGUUUGCAUAGACAAGGGUCCAUCGACCCUCCGAACAUGUUCACCUACGUGGGAUCGCUACAAAACUGCGAGCUCCCAGAAGCGAACGACGCGAUCGAAGAGGGAGAGCGCAUCACCGCAUGGUGGAACGUGUUCACGCUUGAUCAGACCCUCUCCGUCGUCCUUUCCGUGCCUCCUACCAUCCCCUGCACUCGUCUGUCUGUCACGACGCCCUGGCCGCUGGAUAUGACGACAUACGAGCGUAGCGCAACGCGUUCGCCCGGUUAUCACGGUAGAACCGCAACACCAGGCUCUAUUCCCUCGCACACCGACGUCCUGCGGGCCAUGCUCGCCCAUUCUGACAACGCUAUCGAGCAGACAUCGUCCAUUGCCGGCCUUAAUGCGAAAGCAGCUGCGUUGCUAGCCCACGCCUCCUCCGUCUCAAGCCGCUUCACAAUCGAUCCACGCAUCGCGCAAAACCCAGACUUCCGCACGCAACACACCGCGCUGAGCAACCUCAUCGAACGGUUCCACCAGGCGCUCCCGCCGCUGAGCGACGAAACCCCGCCCGAGAUCAUGCGCAGCCUGCUCGUCAUUUACGUCUUCACGAACCUCGCGGCCGUCCAGCUGCACCACGCCUUCCGCGAUGUACUGCCUUCCUCUGCGCAUCUGAGCUCCAAUGCUGCCCACGCUGUCAUCGGCAUGAUCAACAACGCGAACGCACGGGGUAUCAGGUUCUUUAACCCGAUACUGCAGAUCAUGUACUCGGCGGUUGUUCGUCAGUUCGGGUCGUAAUCCCGCUCGUUGGCGGUUCUCGCUCUUUGAUGCCACGUUCUUUUGCUAUUCCAUUAUCUCCCUUUAAUUUUUUUUACGUUACUUGGCUAACUUUG